GUUCGAUUAUUUUUACAUGAUGAAAAUGAAUAACUUUUUCUUUUGUUUAAUAUAUAUGGUGAAAAUAUUGGUAGCUUGUAGAACAUGAUGAAUAACUUAUUUUGAGAAAGUAAACAGAAUGGGAAGUAUUAUUAUUAUAGAAAUUUACUUUUUAGGGCACGAUAAACAUUUCCACGAUAAGUUGAUCAAAGCACGUUGAAUUAGCCUUGUGUCUUUGCAAAUACACACACAAACAAAUAGCACGUUAUAUUACAGGUCGUUUAUCUUGAAGGAAAGUAUCGAAAACAUCUAUGCAUUUUUAUAGAAAAUAAUCCUGAAAUAUUACAUAAAGUUGGCAUUAUAAUUCAGCAAACGCACUCAGUAACCAACAUUUCUUUGCAGGAUAUAGUGAACAUUAUCGUGCAUAAGGUAACAAAAUCAUUCCUAAACCUCAGGUAUCACAUUGUAUAACCCUAUACCCUUACUAAUACAACAAUCAACCUUCAGUUUAAUUAAUUAUAAUAAAGUUACCUUGCAGGAGAAAGGAAAGCUUUGAGAUAUCUCAAGCUGAAUUUCCUUACCACCUUCAGUUAGUCGCGCCGUAUCCUUUCAUUCCCCUCAGUCUUUCUCUCUCCUCUCUUUCUUUCCUCUUCCCAUUGUACUCCUGUUCCUCUCUGAGCCUCGCGUGACCAGCCCCACUCCUGCCUGAGUUAAGUUGCACGUUAGCACGCCAUGAGUUAGCCAAGGCCUCCCCACAUCACACCACCACCUCGACUAUUGCUUCUUAUAAUCCUUUCAUAAUAGAGACGUCAGAGGUUCCAGAGCUACUGUGACAAGUGGUUUAGUGACCAACUCCUGUACUUCAUCACUCAAGACGGGAGUGGACUGAGGCGGCGAGGGGAAGGGAGAAGCCAGUCUUGAGCAGCCCUGCGCGCCCCUCACUCAACCUUCUGAGCCUCACGCCGCGACCCGCUCGUCACUAGCAGGACCACGUGCACCAUGGAGGGAGUAGAGCACCGCAUCACCUCACCCCUCACCCAGUCAGUGCCCCUUGCGCCGCCUUGCCUUGAGCAGCAGGAGCCCCACCUCUCCAAGAGCAACAAUCAGCAGGUAUCGACGGUCACGCUGUACGGAGUCCCUAUCGUGUCCCUCAACAUAGACAACGUGGAGAGGCUAUGUUUGGCUCAGAUUUCCAACACCCUGCUGAAGCAGGAUUUUAGCUACAACGAGAUCCACAACCGACGCGUGGCUCUGGGCAUCACCUGCGUCCAGUGCACCCCCGUCCAGCUGGAGAUCUUGCGCCGCGCUGGGGCGAUGCCGAUCUCCUCCAGAAGGUGUGGGAUGAUCACGAAGCGAGAAGCUGAACGGCUGUGCAAGUCCUUCUUGGGUGACAACACACCCCCGAAACUCCCGGAAAACUUUGCUUUCGAUGUGAUUCAUGAAUGUGCGUGGGGAUGCCGCGGCUCCUUUGUCCCCUCCAGAUACAAUUCCUCGCGGGCCAAGUGUAUCAAGUGUUUGUACUGCGCCAUGUUCUACAGCCCAAACAAAUUCGUUUUCCACUCACAUCGCCUCGCUGACAGCAAGUAUGUGCAACCCGACGCUGCUAACUUCAACUCCUGGCGACGACACAUCCGCUUAGACGGGGACCCGCCCAUCGAGGUGGUGCACGCCUGGGAGGACGUAAAGGCAAUGUUCAACGGAGGCACCAGGAAGCGUCUGAUGGCCGCCAACUCACAGCGGCGUGUUUUUCCUCAGGGUCACAGUUCCCGUGUCAAGUCUCCGAGGCUUGAGGCGCCCCUCACCAAACCCCCGACGUUCGCGCCGCCUGCUCUGAAGGCCGUGGGAGCUGAUCUCUCCUACCCACCACCUUACCUAGCACCCCUGCCUCCUCCUUACCCUGCCCACCAUAAAGACGCCCACCAAACCUUCGUCGACUACCUGUGGGGAUCCAGGACAUCCAUUCCACCUCUUGGGUUGCCGUACCCUCUAGCGGCCUGGCCCAGACGUCCACUACCAAGCUUUCCUCCUCUACCACUAUCCGACCCCAGACCAGACCCUGCUGCAGAUCCAAGGCCCCCUGAUUCCGAACCGCCAGUGCUUCGCCCCGCACACCUGUCAGCCUUCACGCCAGUGGCCCGAGCGUCACCAACACCAACUGUCAGCGCUAGCAGGGACUCGGGGGCUCCGCUGCCUGACUCAAGCCGACACUCAGACGACGAGACCGUCGAUAUAGAAGCCACAGACGACGACACAGACUAUCACGGUGAUGGUUACAAGAGUAACACCUACAAACAAAAUUGUUACAAGGGUAACAACAACAAACUCGACGGUUACAAGCCCAGCUCGACCAAACAGCAGAGUGUGGAAGGCAGCCAUUACAAGAGGGAUGGGUACAAGGCCGAAGACUUCCCAAACGACGAGGCGGGCGACGAUCACGCACCUGGCGAGGCAGAGGUGGAGGAGACCGCCGCGACCUCCCACGCGCGGCAUGAGGAUCGGAGCCACAGAGACGAAAAGGGGCAGAAGGAGGAGCGAGCACGCAGGGAGGAGCCGAGCGCGAGGGAGGAGCGGGGCCUGAGAGAGGACUCCGCCCACGCCCCUCACUCCCACGGCCGAGGAAACAGCCCCGUCCCCAGCGCCAGCACCAACGGUGGCUGCGGCAGCGGUGGCGGCGGCAUGGAACCCCCACGCGGCGCUCUGGAGCUGCCUCCCACUUCUAGUGACUCCCCCACCGCAGCCAACGCCGCUACUGAGGAGGACCCUCGCCUAAAGCUCUUCUUCCUGAGGGAAAUGGAAGCCCACAGGCGCGUGGAGCAAAUGGCGCGACUUAAGUACACCUACACCUCCCAUCUGCACCACAGCCUCCACCAUAGCCUGCACCACAGCCUGCAUGCCGCCCUGCAGCCCUCUCACCACUUGGCAAAAGAUUGGCUGGACUCUUCCUCCAACGUGACGUCAACUCCCUAAGUGUGACUCAUGGCUCCCUGGCGGUUCACAUGCAACUCUUGGGUCGCAGAUGUCUGAUCCUGGCCUGCUCGGGUACAGCCUCGCCCGGUAAAGGGUGCUAGGGUGAUUGGACGGUGCAGGCAGGGCUCACCUCGUCAACAGCCAACGCACUCUUUAGUUUCAGUGGAGGGCUGUGCCGCACCGAGGGAUGCUGUGGUUGGGCUGGAAUUGUUGCGUGUUGUUGGUCUUUUAGCAUAACGUGUGGAAGUCUGGCGGCGGUGUCUCUGCGAUGCUUUCCCGCCGAUGUCUAGUCAUACUGAUAUUUUUUAUGGAUAAAAAUAUUAUCGUUGUUAUUACGAAUUUUUAACCCAUUGCCUAGUUAUUCGAUGACUGUCCUGACUUAUGGUGACAUCGCGCCUCUCUAGUAGCUGGAGUCGUAACCUGGGAGAAGGAUUCCUCUUUGGAAUGUCAAUUUCACACAGUCCCAUGCCGUACAGGAAGAACGAGAUCAUCACCAAAUCACAUCUAAAUACUUUAAAAGAUUAGACUAUUUUCUACAAGAAACGUUAGAAAAGGUGUUUAUUUCUCAUAUGAAGGGAUAAAUUUCCCUGUAAGUGUACAUGGUAACAGUGUGUUUGCAAUCGGGGCAGCGAGGCGUGGCAGCUGUCCCGACAGGUGUCCUGUCUUCGUUCCCGCACGAGGCGAACCAUGGUUGGUGUUGUUAUUGAUUAGAUAGCGUGUUGUAUAUAAUUAUGUAUAAACUCAUUGAAGCGGAAGGCAAAGACAGGUAUGCCGGUCGCCGCUGUGAGGGACAGGGUGCUAUGGGACGUGAGACCAGAGUAACAUAAAGCUACGAGUAUGAAGCAGGACCCCAGAAACUGUUAGUGUCUAGUAGCGUUGGUCGGUGUUGAGGGACCGCGGGAAGAUUGUUCCUCGGUCUACAGUAUUUCUUUUUGUGUGUGUACAUAGAAAUAUUAUAGAUCUAUUAUUGCCACUGGUUAGAUCAUGUACAGUUAUGUUCUGCACGUGUGAGUGACUGUACAUAGGCUCAUAUUUAUAGGCAAGAUGUUUUCUGUACCAAGACAAUGAUAUAUGUUGACCAAAGUUCCUUCCUUGGCCAUCCGUGCCGUGCCGUGCUGUGCCGUGCCGUGCUGUGUUGACCAUGUUGCUGUCCAUAGAGUGUUCCAGGUUCCUGGCGCGAGGUGAAAGCAGCAGCAGCAUCUCAAAUAAAACCCAAAACUUAUACUUACUAUACGUAGAGUAGGCCAGUCUUUCCUUCCUCGUGUGCCCACCGCGUGCUGAGGAUCGCCUCUAGUCAGCAGCCCUUUGCUGAGCCCCGUCACUGAUGCCCAGCAUCCUCACCAUUACCUGACAGCGCAGAGAUCCCUCGGGCACCCCAGCCUCCCCAGUCACCUGUUGCAGCACAUCAUACAUAGCGUACACCUUUGUAAAGUCUGGUUCAUCUCUUGAUUAGCAGGGUGCUCACUCACCUGGUAUACGAGUACAUCAACGUGUGACGAAGGAAAUUCGUUUUCAGGUGAUUUCAGUGAGAAGGCGGGAUAUCCUCCUUGAUUUAGCUUAUCUCCUCUGUUGCUGUGAUUUACCAUGUGUGUGUGUGUACGUACACGUUUGCGUCUUGACACCCCAUUGUGUCGUGGCCGUCAGAGUGCAACCUCCGUCAUGUUGCUGGAAGUGUACAGUGACGUCUCCUUGACACCAGCAGCAUGAAGGCCCUGCGCGCGCUGCUCCCUCGCCUGCGUGUGCUCGCCUUGCCUUCCCGUGCGGGCGUCGUUUGUGCCUCUGUAAGGUCGCCUCUAGUCAGUGUUUCCCGUGUAGAGAAUACGGCUUUUGUUCACCCCCUUGGAAGGAAAUAAAAAUAAAUC